CAACAUCGGCCUUAUAUCCAUCUGCCGUGAAAUAUCUUCGACGCGUUAUAUAUAUCAUAUACAGCAAUCUAUACCAUGCCAAAAAGAAAGGCCGCCACCGCGCUCUCUGCUGCCACCGAGUCUAACGAUGAGGACAUGAUGCAAGCCAAUGGCUCCGGAAAGGCCUCCACACGCGAUAAUAAACGCCCUGCUAAGAAGCAAAGAGGAAGACCGCGAUCCAAAUCAGCCGAAAUGAAGCCCCUGAUCUCAUCAACACAGGAUCCAGCUACCGCGCCCCCAGAAUUAUCCGAUGCGCCUGCAGCAAAGAGAGGCGGGAGGAGGGGCAGACCGAAGGGUAGCAGAAACUCAGUCCAGGCGUCCCAAGACGUCGCGGAAGAGCAAGAUGAGACCAAAGAGUCAGAGCAUGAGACUGAUGCCCAGGAACAAGAAAACGUUCUAGUUUCGAAUAAUGAACUAGAAUGGCCACAGAGUGCUCCAAAGCCAACCAAAUCGAAACCUGCAGUUACACGAGGUCGGAGAAAAGUCAACAGAGAAAAUUCUCUGCAGGCGGAUAGCGAAUUCGAAUACACUCCCUCGACCAACCGACGACGUAAAUCAACUGAAGCCCCCGAGGAGCAAUCAGCACAGCCCAAGAAACAAAAACGGAGAGCUGAGGAGAUGGACACACAAGAAGAUGAACCCGCUGCACAAGAUGUUGUGGACGAAACCAUGCUUCAGGAUACUCAGCCCCCGUCAAUACCACGAUCACCGGCAAAACGUGGACAACCGCAGAAACCAGUACAUAGUUCUCCGUUGAAAUCAAGGCUCAGUGGCGCUGAGGACAAGGCCAAUAUAGAGCCCGAGCUCCGACGUCGAAUCGGGGAACUAACGAAGAAAUGUGAUACCCUGGAGAAUCGAUACAGGAAUCUCAGAGAAAUAGGGGUUGUCGAAGCAAAUACAAACAUGGAAAAGCUACGGAAACAAUUCGAUUUGAUGGCAACUGCUUCGAAUACCGUGAUCGCCUCGUUGAAGGCAGAGUUAGAGGCGCAGAGAGCGCUUGGCCAGCAAAGCCGGUCGCUACAAAAACAGUUGAAAGAGCGGGAUGCGGAAGUGACCAAAUUAAAGUCACAAGCCGAGGAGACGACCGGCCAGCUCUCUUCAGCACAGGUGGAGGUUAAGGCAUUGCAAACAAAACUUGCAGCGGCCCGUAACGCUACCGCCACCGCCAGUCUCGAAAGCGCGGCAGCCAAGGUGCCCGGAAGUGCGAUCAAGAGUGGUCUUAACCGUGCGAAUGCUGCAGUAACUGCAGAGGCCGCGCAAGCAGCCCAAUUUGCGCAGCUGAAGGAAGAUCUCUACACUGACCUUACUGGUCUAAUCAUUCGCGACGUCAAGAAGCGACAGUCGGAUAACCUGUACGACUGUAUCCAAACGGGUAGCAACGGAACACUCCAUUUCAAGCUAGUUGUCCCUCAUGUAUCCUCGGCCAACUUUGAAUCUGCCGAGUUUCAAUAUAUUCCCCUCUUGGACGAAAAUAGAGACCGCGAUCUGGUUGACAUACUUCCCGAGUACCUGACAGUGGACAUUACUUUUGUUCGCCAACAAGCCUCGAAAUUUUACACCCGAGUGAUUGACGUGCUCACCAAGAGGCGGAGCACUGCAGCUAUGUGAUAGAUCGUUGUUCCAAUUCAAUUCUCUCAAGGCGGCUUGUUUCUCCAUUGUUGUUGACAUUGUACUGUUGUUGGCAUUGGGCCAUCUUCGUUGGAUGUUUUGGAUCGUCCGGAUUAAAUGGUUUCUGAUAUCCCGAUUUGCGUUGCGCAUGCCAACAGCGUCACGACGCCAUCAUGUAUUUAGUCGUAUAUGGAGCAUUUGGAUGGCUUUUACUUAAUAGUGAC